AUGGCCUCGUCGUCCUGGUACGAGGUCGCCGCCGCCGACCCCCAAGUACCUUGCUUCUUCAUCUUUGGAGAUUCCCUCAACGAUUGUGGCAACAACAACCACAUCAACACAAAGGCAAAAGCAAAUUACAAACCUUACGGCAUCGAUUUCCCCGAUGGCGCCACCGGCCGGUUUACUAACGGCCGCACCACCGUCGAUUUCCUCGCCGAACAUCUGGGCUUUGAUAAUCCAAUUCCGCCUUUCACGACCGCCAAAGGUGAAAAAAUACUCCAGGGCAUAAACUAUGCGUCGGGCUCGGCUGGAAUCCUCGACGAAACCGGCAAGCAUCUGGGACACAACGUGGCAUUGGGAACACAAGUCCAGAACCACCAGAUAACAUUGUCGAGGAUCGUGGCCAGGAAGGGCGACAACGAGACGGCAGCAGAGCACCUCAACGCUUGCGUGUACUACAUGGCCAUUGGAAGCAACGACUACCUGAACAACUACUUCCUCCCCGACCAUUACAAAACCAGCAACGAGUUCUCCGUCGAAGAAUUCGCCACUCAUCUCAUCUCCACUUACGGUGACAGAAUCAGGACUUUGUACGGGUAUGGUGCAAGGAAAAUAGCCGUGGUUGGGGUGGGUAAGAUCGGGUGCGUCCCUCGCACGAUGGAUUUGUUCGGCACAAACGGAACCAAGUGCAUUCAGAACGUGAACCUAGCGGCGCAGUAUUUCAACAAGCAGCUUAAGAAGCUCGUGGUCGACCUCAACAAGGAGCUAAAAGACGCGAAACUGAUUUACAUCAACUCCUACGGGAUGGGCGAUGGGGAUCCCACGAUUCUUGGUUUCAAGUACAUAACGAGGGGAUGCUGCAAUCCGAGAGGAGAUGGACAGUGUGUGAAGGACAAAGCGCCUUGUUCGAGCAGAAGAGAGUAUGUGUUUUGGGAUUCUUUCCAUCCGACGGAGGCCAGUCACAGGGCUUUCGCUGAUCGGACUUACAAAUCCUUGCUCCCUUCGGAUAGCGACCCGUUCGAUCUCCACAGUUUGGCCGCUCUCGAUAUAGGCAAGCAAUAA